AUGUUCAUCCGUCCGAUCCGCCGCUACAUAAUUGCUCUCGUCUUCGGCAUCUUCGCAGCCAUCCUGGGCAUGCUAUACCACCGUCCCAUCACAAACGCUUUCAACUUCAUUUCUCAAACCGCAAGAUUCCCAUCAUACGCACACAUGGCGCAGUCAGCCCGCAGACCAGUUAUCGUUGUCGGCUCCGGCCUGGCCGGUCUGUCUGCAGCAGAAGAGGCGCUCAAGGCUGGUGCAUCGGUCCGGAUGCUCGACCGCGCCCCGAAGCCCGGCGGGAACAGCAUAAAGGCAUCAUCCGGCAUCAAUGGCGCUGGAACCCGGUUUCAAAAGGCUGCUGGCGUAGAAAAGGACGACAUCUUUUACGACGAUACCGUCCGUUCCGGUGGCAAGCGAUUCGCCCAGGGCGAAGGCGUGGUUCAGCGUCCGAAGCUCGUUCAGCUCUUGACCGAAAGCUCUGCGGAUGCUGUGACCUGGCUUGUCGAUGAAAUCGGUGUUGACCUGAGCGUCGUUACCCCUCUCGGCGGUCACUCCCUUGCUCGAACCCACCGAGGGGCCGGCAAGACCCCGCCAGGAGCAGCCAUCGUGACGACUCUGCUUAAGAAGCUUGGGGAGAACCCCGAAUUCAAACUCACAAAUUCCGCAGAGGUCACAUCACUCAACGUCACCGAUGGCGUCGUGAAAGGCGUUCAUUAUGUACGGGAUGGCGAACAGCACAACCUGGAAGGCGCCGUAGUGUUUGCCGUCGGUGGAUUUGCCGGUGACGCUAACGGACUUCUCGCCAAGUACCGCCCAGACCUGGCAGGCAUUCCAUCAACCAACGACGCACGGCCGGCUUCUCAUGGUAUCCUGGAAGCAGUUGGCGCAGAGUUUGUCGACAUGGACAGCGUACAAGUGCACCCGACAGGGUUCGUCGAUCCCAAAGAUCCUGAGGUCCGGUACAAGAUUCUCGCCGCCGAAAUGCUGCGCGGCGAAGGUAGCAUCCUGCUUUCAGACAAGGGUGAGAGGUUCGUGAAUGAGAUGGAGACGAGGGAACACGUUAGCAAAGCCAUCAUGAAUAUUCCACCAAAAGAAGACGGCGACGUCAAGCAGUGGGAUAUAACCUUACUCAUGGACCCGGGCGCGAUUGAGGUCUCUGAGGGCCAUUUGGGCUUUUACUUAUGGAAGGGCCUGAUGGAGAAGAAGAAAGUCAAGGACCUGAGCCCGGCCAUCGUCAGCGCCGUCGACGAGUACGCCGCUGCCGUGGCGUCAGGCACCGACUCGGCCUUUGGAAGACGGACGUUUGGCCGUUGGCGGCUUCCGGCGGGCGAGGCCAACCGUGAAGAGGAAGUAUGCGUGGGCCGCGUUACGCCCAUCACCCACUUCACGAUGGGAGGCGCAUCCUUUAACGAAAACGCCCAGGUGUUGAGAGAGGAUAAGACAGUCGUUGACGGCCUGUGGGCCGCUGGAGAAAUUACUGGCGGCAUCCAUGGUGACAACCGCCUGGGAGGCUCAUCAUUGCUUGAAUGUGUGGUUUACGGAAGAAUAGCAGGACAACAGGCCGCCAAGGUCGCCACAGGUUCAUGA